CUUGUACACGUUGCACGGAAACAGGAUUCAGACAGAGGACAUCGAAUUUUAUCUCCACAAAUUUCUACCUGAUUUUUACAUUGAGAAUCCCAAAAUCGGGAUCAUGUCCGAAGAUCAAGAGAACAAGGAGGCAGCUGAUGCCUACCCAAGUGAAAAAACCCAUCUUAAUGGAGAAGGGGACCUUGAGAAGGGUGAUCGUGAUGCCUCGCUCACGGCUGAUCACGAACUUGACGAUUCGAAGGUCAAGUUUAUCAACGGUGGAAGCACACCGAAUGGAGGUGAUGCCGUCCUCACUGUUGGGAGCGGAAAGGAAGACCAGGAGUUCGCUGGAAUCGGCAAAGAAGAGUUGCUGAAGUAUGCCACAGAGCCCUUCUGGGUGAAGAUCCGUUUGGGGCUGUUCAUCACCUUCUGGUUGGCAUGGUUUGGCAUGCUGGCCGCUGCCAUCGUCAUCAUCGUGUUGGCCCCAAAAUGCCCUCCAAAGCCUGACCUGGACUGGUGGCAAACCAGUGUUGCUUACCAAGUUUACCCAAGAUCUUUCCUCGAUACUGAUGGAAAUGGAAUCGGAGAUAUCAAAGGUAUUGAAUCAAAACUUCCCUACUUCACAAAACUUGGAGUCAACACCUUGAUCAUUGGACCGAUCUACCCGACUGAAAAUGUUGACUUUGGUUAUGAUGUCACAGACCAUGUUGCCAUCAACCCAGAGAUGGGAACCAUGGCAGACUUCGAUUCUCUGCUGAAGAAGGCGCAUAAGAAUCGUAUCAAAAUCGUGCUGGACUUCAUUCCUAACCACACUAGCAACAAACACAAGUGGUUCCUUGAAAGCAGCCAGGGCAAUGCCACCAACAAGUAUCGUGAUUACUAUGUUUGGGCUGACGGAAAGGGCACUGGACCACCAAACAACUGGUUGAGCAAAUUCAGCAAGAACUCGGCAUGGACCAGAGAUGCCAAGCGUGGACAGUACUACUACCACACCUUCUUUGAGGAGAUGCCCGAACUGAACCUCCGCAACCCAGAUGUGAUGAAGGAGCUCGAAGACAUCAUGGCUUUCUGGAUGAACAAGGGCGUUGAUGGAUUCCGUGUGGGCUAUGUGUCUAACUUGGUUGAGGCAGAGAGUUUGGCUGACGAACAAACCAAUGGUGGUAGCAGCAGGCAACCUUAUGAGAACCUUGACCAUACCAUGACCAUGAAUCAGCCAGAAUCCUACAACAUCACCGACCGCUUUAGGACGUUCAUGGACAAGUGGUAUUCUAAGGAUGGAAUGGAUCAGACCAGAGUCUUGCUCGUGGAAGCCUUUGGCGACAUCAAUGCCACCAAUGCCUACAUGGGAGGAGAAGAUAAUAAGGGUGCAAAUCUGGUCUUCAACUAUGAACUGUUCUCUGUGGAGUACAAUUGCAACAGCAGGUGCAUUGCUGAGAAGGUCAAAAGGGCACUGUCCGCACUUGCCCCUAAGAAAUGGGCCAACUGGAUGACUGGCAACCAUGACAGCAUUGGACGUGUUGCUUCUCGAGUUGGAGUGAUGUCCGUCAAUGCCAUGAACACCCUGAUGAUGAGUUUGCCUGGUACAACCAUCUCCUACUUUGGUGAUGAGAUUGGCAUGAGCAGCUUGGAUCUGACUUUCGCUGAAACCAAGGACAAAUGGGGCAAGAACUUUGGUGCUACUGACUAUAAGCUGGUUUCUCGAGAUCCAUCCCGCUCCCCCAUGCAGUGGACCAGUAAAACCAGUGCCGGUUUCACGAAUGCUUCAUCCUGGUUGCCUCUUACCACUAACUACAAUGAGUUCAAUGUUAUGGCAGAAGAAGCUGUUGGCAGCACUCACAAGUUCCCCAAAGUCUACGCUGAGCUUACGAAACUGCGCAAGGAGCCGUCUAUGCUGUGGGGUCAGUUCUUCGAUGCCGAGCUCAAUGACAAUAUCUUUGCCUUCGUCAGGAAAGCUGAGGGUCAUCCUAGUUACUUGGUUGCCAUCAACUUCGGGAAGCAACCUUCCAGCGAUGACUACACCAAGGCUGUUAAGAACCUCAUCCCGGAGGAAGGCGAGGUUGUCUUCAAUUCGUACAAUUUUGACCAUGAAGAGUUAGCUGUUGGCAAGACCGUGAAGUUGACUAACAUCUUAUUGAACCCUGGCGAGGCUGUCAUCUUUAAGUUCCCGUGGUCACAAUAGAGACACUAGUGUACUCUGUAGAUAAAAAAGGCACCAAUUGGAAUGAUCCAGUCUCCUUAGGUCAGCAUGGCUUCCAAAAGUCAGCAGAUUAUUUUUCUCCUCAUGAAAAUAUGAAUAUUUCCAGUGUAUUAUCCAGCUGUAUUGGCAUUGCCAAUCACCUUUAUUAUUGUUCCUUCAAUAGAACGUAGCUUACUUGAGAUUGUCUUAUCAAUGGUUAACCUAUUUGAAUGUACCAAUGUAUUGUGUUUAACUGCAUUUCUAUUUCCCUGACCCACGAUCAAAUAGGAAUGGCGUACCCCUUUAGAAAUACUGAGCAUUAAACUGCUUGUACCAACUGGUGUCUUCUAGAAAAGCAAAAGAAAAAAUAUUUGUGCAGGUUUAGAGUGUGAUAUCAGUGUAACAUGCUAUAUUACUAUUGUAGCCUUUUUGUCACCAACUUGCAUUAUAGAGACAAGUCCAUGUUUAGCUGUACAACUGUCAACUCCAAUGUUUAUGUCUUGUCAUAACUGUCUAUUCAUUCAGCUAUUACCCAAGAUGAUAUCACCUCUUUGCCCUGCUGUGCUGAAUCAGCAUUGUUUGCUCCUCUGUAACCCGGGAAUAUGUAAAUGACGAAGCGCAAUCACCGACAAUGUCCCCGUCCGCUCUUGUAAACUGUGAGAAAGUUUUGCAAUAAAUGCUGCUUCUGCAAAAGAUGA